AUGGCAGAGCACCCGUCUUUCACACUCGCCGGCCUUCUUUCAGUCGGCGGAACAGCUGGCUACCUCCGCACGCGCUCAACACCGUCCCUUGUUGCAGGUCUCGUGCUCGGUGCCUCAUACGGUUACUCGGGCUACCUCAUUAAGGAGAACAAAGACUACGGCACAGAACUCGCGCUGGGAAACAGCGUGGUGCUCCUUGGAUCUGCAAUCCCAAGAAUCAUCAAAACUGGCGGAAGGGCGCCUGUGCCAAUUGCACUUGGGGCUACAGGCCUACUUGCGACCUACUAUUAUCAAAAGAAGGUCCGGGAGUUCAGAUAUGGCGUAUGA